AUCAAAGUCGUCCAGUACCACCAAAGUGCCACGAGAAGAGGUCUCUGACUUCGUUCAAGCCGCAGCACUUGUCCCAUACGAGGGUGUCGUAUCCCUCACGUCUGUUGUCGAAUCUCUCCUUGAGGAAGAUGAUGAUCGUUUCAUUUGGCAAAAGGUAGAAGCUACGCGUACCGGCUAUGUGCACUGGAUCCUCGUCGAGAAGGACAGCAUGGAGCCUUUGACAAUCUCCCACGUCGCCGUCCUUUCUGGUGCCAUGAGUAGAUCGUAUGGCAACUAUAUUCCUUCUGGUGAGAGGGCCCCAGAGGAAUAUCCAAUUAACGGCAUGUUAGUGUUCUCUCUUUUGCCUUCAUACGUCGUCGCUGAUAUGUCUAGUGACACCCACCCUGGCUUCACGAACAAACUCACGUGGAAUUUGGAGUCAAGCGAAUCAGACUCACAUAGCAUUGGGCCUUUGAUGCAGAGAUUAGAGCGGUCGCUCAUCGAUGGACCCUUGCAAGGUGCCUUUGCAAUCGAUACACCUCCUGAACAGCUCAGAGACGAGUGGAACCAACCAAACGAGUUCUCCAAGUACCAUCUCCAAUUCCCUCUGUUCGCACGUCGUUAUGUUGCAAAGAGGCGAGGAAAAUAUAUGCCUGCCGAGGAUAAGGACUCAGUGGUCCAUCCCAGGGUCCAGGCCGCACUUGAAGUUGUCAGCAAAGGAGAGGAUCCCUUAGUCCUCGUACCAUGCCGACCUUCCGUCUACGUCAAAAAGGGCGCCUACAAUGAUCCAUCCGCUAAGCAAGUCCUCGCCACAAGUGAAGAUGACUGGCAUCGACGUGGCGACAUCAUCUGGUUCGUAGGGCAGAUCCACUGUGAGGCGUACAACACUACGACGGCGGAACCGACCGCAACGAAGAGAGUGCAUUGGACAUGCGAAUGGUGGCCGGAGUCUGUUGUUAGAAUCGCUCGUGUCGACAUACCUGUCCUCCAUGCCGAAGGUACGACGGAGGAAAACAGUAAGAAGCGCAAGUUCUCGGAUGUCGGUCUAUCUCCCAGAAAGAAACCACGUUUCGACCCAAACUUACUAUCCUCGCCUUCGAAAGCCUCCACGUCCGCCGUUGUUAGUGAAUCAGAGAGCCGCAGGAGCGGAAGCAGAAGCCGAGGUAUGACGCUUGAUACCCCACAAGACCUCAUCGAGGAUAAUA